ACUCUUUCGAAAAAGAUCCGGAUUUCGUCACAUCUCUGUAGUGGGAAAUCCCAUGGCCCUUUAAAUAGCUGGCAUCGUUAUUCAACUCUGAAUAGUAUCCGGCGAAAUCAUUUAAAGUUAGAACCCUGGACAGUACUGUGACAUGACGAACGAUGUAGAUAACACGUUUUAACUUGGACUAUUAAAAUACAGCACUUCCUACAAGAUAAGAGCAUGGGUACAACACUGACAAAAUCAUGUAGAACUGGAGGCGGCAUGGAGCAAUCUCAGAUAAUGCUACUGGUGGCAGCGUUGAAAGACCAGGACAACAAGACCGUCAUUAGGCAUUUCAGAGACACUACUUCUCGAGAGAGAAACACCUUGUUACAGUUCUGUAUCCGUUCCAAAUUAUACGAAGAGGUGAAUUUCUUAUUGAAGUCUAUUAAAGGAAACUUAGAAAAAAAGUAUCUUGAAUACCUACUUAUGGUAGCUGCAGAGAAAGGUCUGUUAACGUUGAUUGCUACGAUUCUCGAGCAUGACGUUGAUGUCAAUGCAAUUUCUGCAAAGGGACAUUCACCUUUGUCAUAUGCUGUAAAAUACAAGCAUUCGGAGGUUAUAGUUGAUCUUGUUGCAGCAGGCGCCAAUACUAAUUUUAUUGACGAUAACAAAAAUAGUGUUUUAAUUCAAGCCAUUGGAAAUGGAAACAAUUUCAAGACCAUUUCUGUUCUUCUUGAUAACGGAGCUGAUUUAUCUAUAAAGAAUUUAAGGAAAAGAACAGCCUUGUUUUACGCAGUUGAUGAAAAUAUGGUGGACGUAGCAAACCUGCUACUUGACAAAGGUGCAGAUAUUCAUUCAAUUGAUGAUGAAGGCACAACUGUAUUAAUGGUAUCAUCAUAUAGAGGCUACGAGGAGAUGACCAAGAUGUUGCUGCGCCUAGAUUCCAACAUUGGAAUCAAAGACAACUAUGGAUACACAGCUCUGAUGUGCGCCGUACAGAACAAACAUUACGUGCUCACUAAAAUGAUAGUUGACAAAUAUCGGGCAAUGCGGUCUAGAAAUGCUGAUAUUAUGGAAUCCGCGAAGCUAGCCAUUGAAGAUGACCUCAGUGAAAUUUUAAAAAUAUUAUUACACGAACAAAAUUUGCUUACAAACUCACAGCUUAUUACAUUACUUACACUGGCUUUGGAAAAUAGUUGUGAAAAAGACAUCAUUGUGGCUGUGCUGAGUCAAUACAAGGAUCUACUGUUUUACGCAGCUUCAAAUCCUAAGCAUGAAUCGGUAUUGAAGAUGUUAAUUACCAACAAAGUACCUAUGAAUUACCUAGACUGUCAAGGUAAUUCGGUAUUAAUGUACGCUGUGGCAAGAGGUAGUGAAAAUAUGGUCAUAGAGCUCCUCCAUGCAAAUGUAACUGAUGUUAACAUUAAAAAUCAAUGUCAACUGGACGCUCUUUUUUUUGCAGUUUUCGUUGACGAUGUUAAUAAGGCAGAAGCACUGUUAAAAUCCAAAGCUGAUGUUAACGCAAUUGAAGAAAAUGAGUGCACACCAUUGAUGUACGCCGCACUGCGUGGUUCAACCGACAUGUGUCGGUUACUCCUACGAUAUGGCGCCAACGUUAAUCUCACUGAAAAAGAAAAUUUUAGCGUUCUUAUGGUCGCAGCUCAGAAUAAUCACGUUGAAGUGGCUAAAGAAUUGUUAGUCUACGGUGUAGACAUUGCACAGAAAAAUGACUACGGUCAUGAUGCUCUUUUCAAGGCAGUGCAGAAUAAUAAUGUUGAUAUAGUUCGACUGUUACUUAAACAUGGAGCUCCUGUAAACUCAGUUGAUAUUUCUGGUAACACACCGUUGAUUGAGAGCUGUCGUGUCAGUGACUCCAUUGACAUUGUCAACGUGAUACUGGAUGAAGGAGCUGAUGUAAACAAGCAAGGUGAAGAUGGAUUUUCUGCUCUAAUGUGUGCUUGUAAAUCAGGCUCAACUUCAAUUGCCGAUCUGCUAAUACUGCAUAAUGCUAGCCUCGAACUCACCAACGAUUUGGGCCGUGAUGCCUUUCAUAUUGCAAUCUACAACGCACACGUGAACCUUGCAGCUUUUCUUCUGCAACAAUCAAAAGCGAGUCUGAACAAAACUGACAAAAUGUCAAAUACUCCACUGAUUACAGCCUGUUCUAAAGAAAACAUAGAAUGUGUGAAAAUGUUGCUAAAAGAAGGAGCCUCGUAUUUGUACAGAAAUCAAAGAGGCUAUACCGCCCUCAUGUCUGCAAUACAGCUAGGCAACGAAGAUUUAGUUAAAAUGCUAAUAGAAAAUAUGGAAUAUCCUUAUCAAACAGGAAUGACAACAGAUAUGAAACAGUAUGAGCUACAUACCAACAAUCCAUUUACCGAUGGAAUCAAUCUGACAUCAUUCACAGCCUAUAAAGAACAACACCACCUCAUUCAUAUCGUAUCUCAUAGCAACAAAAAGAACAACUUUUUGCAUCACAGUGAAAAUGGGGUUGACGUUUACGCAUGUGCUGGGUUAUCAGGUGACUCUGAGGUAUUAAAAGAAGUACUGUUCAACGACCCGAACGUCUUAGCCAGUGAUGAUGAGAUUGAUCAGUUCGUUCAGGUUUUUGAGGACAGCACAAAUGGGAACUUUCAGACAUUAUAUGACAUGGCGUGUAAUAGAGGUGUCAUCAGACGAUUGGUCAGAGCGGCAAUAUGUGCAGCGACGAGGCGAAAUUCAGCAAAAAUAUUGAACGAACUAUUGCAAUGGCACAACAAUAAGGAAAAUGUUAAUUUGUUGAAACUAGUUAUUUUAAUAGCUUGUCUUUAUGGCAGUAAUAAUGUUAUUGAGUUACUCAUAACUUUCAACGUUGAUGCCAACACCACAUUUACACCUUUUGGUGAAACGCCUCUUGUUAUUACAUUGAUGUCAAAGCAUGGAAAGGCCUCACAGAUUCUUCCGUUGUUAGCACCAGUUACUGAUCUUACUAAACGCUUCUCACUACAAUUAAGUGCUCAGUAUCGAGUGGAGGUAACAAUUCUAAUGUAUGCUUCACUAAUGGGCAACUAUACUGCUGUUAAAGACCUUAUCAAGCAUGGUGCCUCUGUUGACCAGACAACUGAAUAUGGUCUAGGUGCAAUACACUUUUGCACAUUCGGUCGAAGAGGAAUGCAAUGUCAUGUCGGCCUCACCCAUGAAAUGAAUUCUGUUAUGAUGUCAAGGAAAUCUAGCAGUUCUUCACAAGAGGAUCUCAUGGAUUGCUAUUGCGAUAUAUUGAAAUUGUUACUAGCUAAUUGCGACCAUGCUACUAACAAAUGUACUGAUGAUGGAAAAUGUCUUCUUUCUUGGGCUGUUGGCUUUCAAUUAGAGGAUUUUGUUAAACUUCUCAAAGACCACUAUUCAACUAGAGUUAACCACACAAAACCACAUCCCGGUCAUGCACGAGAAAGGCUCCAGAAGGUGGUGCCAAAAGUCUGCAAAUAUCUGAAAGCCUUGGUAGAAGAAAUAACUUUUCACAAUACAACUGAUGCAUAUCAACUUCAGAAGAGUUUUGCUGAGAGAAUGUCUGAAACAUGCACUACAUUUACCGAUGCGUUCCGAAACAUCAAUAAUAUGGAUGAGCCAGAAGGUCUAUUUGAAAGUUUGCUGGACGAUUAUGAGGAUCCUACAGCGAGUGAAUUUAGUACAACAGAGCUUGACAGUUCAAUAAAUAAGCGAAAGUAUAUUGAAAUUAAGAAAAAAAAGUGA